CAGACCUGCUGAGUUGACUUUUCAACUUCUGACUCACGUCCUUUAGUGACAAGGACAUUAUAGCACUUUUUAAACCAGGAAUAUAAAAUGCCUUUUAUCGUUUCUUCUUAAUGCCGUACGCGUUUCUUAAUGUAAAUAUGUGAACCACCUGCCCGGCUGAUAAAACGUCUGGAGAUUAUGCGGGAAAUCUCUUGCGUUGAACAAAAACAGCCCAUUUUGUGCCGUUGCUCCUCCAAAAAUGAACUGCUUCCGUUGGAGGUUCAGGCGCACGGCUCCUGCGCGUGGCAGCAGCAAAAAUGAGCUUGUCCCUUUCCCUUCCAAGCCUUCAAGGAUCAACGGAUGGUCAUGGCCCCCUCGAGCUUACCAAGUGGCUGGGUGGCUGGUGUACAGCUUCCUCGCUAUAGUCAGCUUUGGUAUCCAUAUCCCUCUUCUGCCUCGGCCAUGGAACCAUGUGGCCUAUACUCUUACAGGCACAUCAUUUAUUGUACAUUUUUUCACCCACAUUGUGACAGUGUCUAUAGACCCGGCAGAUGCCAGCGUGCGGGCCAAAAAGAACUAUUCCAGUCCAUUGCCAUCUUUUGACCGGACAAAGCAGCCACACGUCAUUCAGGAUCUACAUUGCUAUUUAUGUGAUGUUAAGGUUGGUCCCAAAGUAAAACACUGUGGUGUUUGCAACAAGUGUGUGGAAGACUUUGACCACCAUUGCCAGUGGCUGAACACCUGUGUGGGUGGAAGAAACUACCGGUUCUUCUUUAUAGCACUUGUCUCUGCUACCAUUGGUGCAUUUUUGAUCAUUGUCAUCAUCUUGUACAUAUGUAUUCAACAUUUUCUGGAUCCACACAGCCUACGAACAGCACCACAGUUUGACACUAUCCUGGGGAACACUACAUGGCUGGUGUUUCUACCUUUUGCUCCUAUACAGACAAGUUCAGUCGGUCUCCUCAUAUUGGCCUUCACAACGGUCAUGCUGAGCACCAUCUGCCUGCUUCUGCUCUGUCAUCUGCUUGGCUUUCACCUUUACCUGUUUUAUAAAGGCAUAAGCACAUUUGACUAUGUGAAGAGACAGCGCCAAAAAGAGGCCAGAAAUCUGGACACUGAAGAUGAAAAUCCACGUGAUGCAAAAACCCACAAGACUCCACAACGACAAAAAGGAUCAGUUGACUGUGAGCCUGCAUUGUCGCAGAGUUCAAGUUCCUGCAGAUUUGAAAGUGAAGUCCCAUUCACCAGCCCACUCUCAGAGUCCAUAUGCAUAGAGCUCAGCAACUUUAAGAAAUCAGCAGAAAAUGAGAAUACUUUCCAUUAUGGAACAGACAAUCCCACAGAAAAUGAAGCAAGGGAAAUAUCUUUGAAUGCCAUCAAAAACUGGAACCCGGAUGAAGAUGAGCUAUCUCAGAGAGCAAGUGUGAAGUCCUUUCCUGUGGUACAGGACCCUCUGGGGAGCUCAGUUAUGAUUCCAGACGACACUUAACACUUACUGAUCAGGAUAUACUGCUCUCAGGAAAACUUUACAGACCUGGUCAGUUAUUGGGAUGCCUAAAUUGUAAGCACAGAACAAAAAGAAAAUAUCUUCAGAUAUAAAUGUCAAUAAAAAAUAGUUUAAAAUCGUGAUUUAAAAGAUCUGCAACGAUCAAACAACAGAAACUUUUAUACACAAUAUACUCUGAUUACAGUUAUUGGCACACUUUACAAUGACCAUGGAACUGUUUUUGGAGGGAUUUUGAAUCUUUUUCUCCAUCUGUCUCUAGUCUGUAUAAGCUGCUUUAAGCUCGCAGGAGUCCUAUUUCCACCACAAAACAAAAACAGUCUAUAGCAGGGCUACUCAGUUUAGUCCUAUGAGGGCUCUAGUCCCGUAGGUUUUCCGUGUGUCCCUGGUCCAACACAUCUUACUCAAAUUAAAUGUAUCCAACAAGGUCUGAGCAAUGACUCAUUUAAAUUUAAGUCAGGUGUGUUGGAGCAGGGACACAUUGAAAACCUGCAGGACUGUGGCUCUCGUAGGACCGAAUUAAGUAGCCCUGGUCAAUAGCUCUCCAAACAAUUUAAAAUGUAUAUCAGAAUGACAUUGUCCUGCUGAAAUUCCCCAGACCCUCACCACAAACCCAGCUUUCUGAUCAUGGAUACCACUCCUGGUUCUCUUCAGAUUUCAUCAUUCCUUUAAAAUAGUUAUUGACUCAAGAGGCAGCAAAUCACUAUUACCAAACAGCUACUGUGGUUUCCUUUGCCCAUAAAAUACCAUACAAGAAGACAGGAACUUUUCUAUUAAAUUGCCUUCUUUUAUACUUUUCUUUCAAUAGUGGUAUCUUCAGCCUCUGACACUAUCGUCCAGAUUACUCCAGCAUGUCCUUACUCUCUUAGCACUGUCUCCUGAAUGUGUCAAUAUGACACUGAAACCUCUUUAAAUAUUACGAAAGAUCAUAUAGUAAUAAGGAUUUCAAGACAAUUGGCGAUUUCUUUGUAUGUAUAUGAAUUGUUUCCCUUUUUCUGAGAAAUUAAUUCUAAUUAAUCCAAAUGGUGUCAAUAUCUGUGCGUAAACAAGUACAUUUUGUUUGUACUUUCAUUUAAUUAUAUGAAAGUAUUUUAAAUAACUUUAGAGAUUUAAUUAAAUUACUCUGAUUAUACAAAAUACAAAUUUGUAUUUGUUUCUGAAGAUAUUAGGAAUUUUGAAUUUGUAAUUCAUGGAUUGUUAGUGACUCUGAUCAGCAGAGUGUGUGUGUCUAAAAUGUCAAAAUGUUUGAUGAAACUGGAACACAAUUAUUUUCAGUUGGACAAGGAAGUCUUCAAGCUGAUGACACAGUUUCACAUGUCAUCAAACUCCAGACUGUGGACAUUAUGUAAACCACAUGAAUAACUGGAACGUUGUUGGGUUUUGUUUCCCUUUGUUUGCUCUAGGAUAUUUUUUCUUCACUCCUGGGAAGAUAUGCUAAAUAUUGAAAGCAUUGUUUUACUUCAGUAACAUAUAAAAGGAUCGAAAAAUAUCCAACUUCCAGUCCAAACUUUAUCCCACUGUUUAAAUAUGGAUACAUUUCAGCAUGUUCUUGAAAAUCACAUCGAAUUGAAGGUUUGGUUCAUUUUGUAGAUACUGUAACAUUUGAUGAACUUAUUAGUUGUUGGUUUUUAUUCUUCUUUUUCUUUUAUUGUUUUAAUUACCAAAGUUAUAACCCUAUGAGGACAAAUUCUUUGUUUCAUUAAAGCAAUGGAACUAAAACUAAUGACCAUGUUCAGAAAGUACAUUAUUUUAAUUUGACUAAAGAGUAUAAAUAUUGAAUUGGCCCUUUAUUUUCAUUUCUUGUGUUUUACUCACUCAGUCACAAGGUUGCGCUGAGAGAAAGCUUAAAUCACCCACCCUCCAGCCUCUAUAUAUGUGCCUGUGGUUAAUGUCCAUAAUAUAAGCCACAACUUUUGGGAUCCAUUUUGCUUUUAUUACAUGAAAAUCCUUACAUCAGCUUCAGCUUUGAUAGUAGCUAAAAUUUACAUUUGGCAUGGGAUUUAUUUAUACCAUACAAAACAAAAAUGCUGCCACUUGGAUAAUGCAAGUUGGGACUUUUAAAGCUGUGGAUAUUUAUCAGCUCUAGUACCCAUUAUGCAAGUGAAAGUAAGAUUGAUGUAUGACUUCUGGUGACAUUAUCAUGUCAAAGGAUUAUCAGCUGCAGACUAGGUAGGGUAACAGGAAGUUGCUGGAACAGAAUAAGGACACUAGGGUAAAGUUAAUUUAAAAUAAAUGAACAAAAGAUAAGGAACUCUCUUUUUUUAAGCUUUGGCUGCAGAGUAAUACAAGUUGAGGAGAACGCAGGUUAGAUGGAGAUUUAUCUGAAGCCUAAUUUAAAACUACACAAACUGCAGAGAAAAAACUAUUAAAAAUAAAAUAAAUUUGUGGUUUAUUUGUAAUUCCUUAAGUGAUUUUUACUGUUGAAUCUCAAUCUCAUGGACAGGACUGCACCAGAAAAUGUUACUCAUCUCUGUUAGCUGGUUUUAAUCAAACUACCUUGAGUGGAGCUCGUGAAGUUUGACAACAAAAAUGUUUGACAAACAUAAAUCUUUUGACAAUGCCCAGCGUAGUCAAGGUCAGAUAUACUUUCUUUCUUACCUCUUGUAAUGAAGUAGCACAUUCCAGUUUUGAACAAUGUUACCUUCCAGUGUCAGUCAUCCAGCGUCUUAAAUUAGCUAUUCACAUCUCUACACCAGCAGCUUAUUUAGCUUUUCAUGCACAAUAUUAUAGACAUGUUAUUUGGUGGUCUUGGAUAACAACUUAACAAGUGGUGUUUUAGCAGACCACACUGAGCUAGCUUCCAUUUAAGUUUUCAGUUCAACAUGAAGGUAGCAAACCCAUCAAUGUUUACUGUUACUAUUCUGCGAUGUCUCUGUCUUCAGUGAUAUUUUUUGGAUUGUCAUUCUUUUUACAAACACUUCAUGUUUGUUGCCUCUCCUGUUUGUAUAGUACAGGACAACUCUCUGUUGAAUGUGUUCUGUUCUCCAGUAGACCAUGAAUAGAGAUUAUUUCUGUAAGUUCAUGUUCUCCAUUUAUCCAUUGUCACAUACAGUUAACCACUAGAGGGCUGUAGCUGCUAACUAAUUGUAGUUUUAAGUUGCUAUGUCAAUAGGGUGUUAUUUAUAUUUAGUUGUUUACAGGUGAAUCCAUUUUGUUGUCUUUGUUUUGCAGUUGUCAUUGUUAGUGUAAUAUGAAACAGUCUUUACUAUGAUUCAGUGUUUUGCCACUUUGUUUCUUUUCUUUGUUUCUCUUCUUCUCAAUUCUGAUUUAGUUUAAGUUUUCCUUACAAAUACAGAAAUAAAAUACUAUACAAAAAAACUAUAUAAACCUUAGAAAAGUUCAUUGGGAAUUUUCUGAUCUGAUAGGAUAUUGUAACAAGUGAUAGAGCAAGUAGGUGAUUUUUCAUGCAAUAGACAUUUUAACUUGUAUGAAAAGUAGUUCAGGUGCUGCUUGGACUUUGAUUACAUUGUAAAUUAAUUCUAAUAUAAUAGAUUCAACACAGUACCUUUGCAGACAUUUGUGCCAGCAUGUUUUUGUACGGAUAAUAACUGUAAAUAGUAAAUGUAAUAAAAAAAAAAUAAUAAAAAACACAUUUUAUUUACACUGAA